GCAGACAAGAAGGGGCAUGUUUCUUGCCAAUGGAGGCGGGGAUCCACCUCUCUGCUCUCCUUGGGGAAGGACAGACCCUAGGGAGCCUGCUUCUCUCCACCCUGCAGAGAUCCUCACCAUGGAGAAGGAAGUGGCCCAGAGCCUUCUCAACGCAAAAGAGCAGGUGCACCAGGGAGGCGUGGAGCUGCAGCAGCUGGAAGCCGGGCUUCAGGAGGCCGGGGAGGAGGACGCCCAUCUGAAGGCCAGCCUCCUUCAGCUCACCAGAGAGCUGGAAGAGCUCAAGGAGAUCGAGGCGGAUCUGCAGCGACAGGAGAAGGAGGUCGACGAGGACACGACAGUCACAAUCCCCUCGGCCGUGUACGUGGCUCAACUUUACCACCAAAUUAGUAAAAUUGAGUGGGAUUAUGAGUGUGAGCCAGGGAUGAUCAAAGGCAUCCAUCAUGGCCCCAGUGUGGCCCAGCCCAUCCACCUGGACAGCACCCAGCUCUCCAGGAAGUUCGUCAGCGACUACCUGUGGAGCCUGGUGGACACCGAGUGGUAGCCAGGAGCCACGUGGCAGCGUUUUCCACCCAGCGGGCGUCUGUUGCAGUCCGAUCCGUUUCAAAUGAAAUAUGUGUACAGAGGCCGGGCGCG